AUGUCCUUUCCUGUGCAGCAAAAGGUACAGGAUGUCGUUAGACAAUAUCGACCAGCGAAACAUUUCCCAAAUGCGAAAGAGGGUUCCUAUAUCACUUCACUCGACUUCGAUGACCAGGGCGAACAUCUAGUCGCAGCUUCCUCUUCAGAUGAAAUGACAGUGUACAACAUUAAAGAAGGGACGAAGACGAAGACCAUCCCAAGCAAGAAAUAUGGCAUACAUUUAGCAAGAUUCACCCAUCACAAUAGACAAGUUCUUUUCGCAUCCACAAAACAAGACGAUUCUUUGAGACUGUUGGAGCUGCACAAUGAGAGUUUCGUUCGAUACUUCUCUGCGCAUACCUCUCAAGUGACCUGCGUCGCCCUCAAUCCAGGCAAUGACACUUUCCUCUCCUGCGGUAACGACGACCUUGUCUGCCUCUGGGACCUGAAUUCCAGGUCUCCUCAGGGUAAAUUGAAAUUGAUCACUCCCUACUUGGCAGCUUAUGACCCUACCGCAUCCGUCAUGGCUAUAGCCUCCCAAUCUACGCAAUCUAUCCUCCUCUAUGACGUGCGCAACUUCGAUAAGGCUCCCUUCGCUACUUUCGAUCUAGCAGAUGCGGAAAGAAAGUACUGCCCAAGUACUCAAGGAAGAGUCUGGACUAAACUAGAGUUUUCGAACGAUGGAAAGUGGAUUCUCCUAGGCACUGACUAUCAUGGUCAUUUUCUACUCGAUUCAUUUGACGGUGUUGUCUCGGCUUUCUUGACGGGAAAAACUGACGGUAGUGGUAGAGCCGCACCAGUCAGUACUUCUGGCAAGCCGCUUGGCCAAGGAGAUGUUUGCUUCAGUCAAGAUGCGAGAUAUGUCAUUGGCAGUUCCGGUGGCUCUGGUGACCUGCUCGUUUGGGACACAACCUUGGCUGGGAACGGCACUACUCUUGAGUCGAUGGUCAAGCUCAACGGACGUGGCUUCAAGAGUCCCGUCGUGCAAGUCAACCCGCGGUACAAUAUGCUCGCAACGGCUGAUCAAAAGGUGGUCAUGUGGUUACCAUCCGAUCAGAUCAAAAAUUCUAACACAUAA